AUGGUGGCUACAAGCUGUAGAUCAAUCUGUACCGAUACACACGAAUGUAGUACUAACUCACCUUCUAACAACCGAUGCUUCAGACAUCGGCUGGGGCGCGCAACUCGGCAAUAUAAGUAUCGGAGGGACCUGGACGAAACGGCAACUAACCUGGCACGCAAACAGAAAAGAAAUGUUCGCAGUUCAGGCAGCAAUAUCACACGAACAAAAACUGCUACAGAACUCACAAGUGCUUCUUCAGACGGACAAUCGAACAGUGGUGUCUUACAUAAACAAGGAAGGCGGAAGCAAAUCCAAAAAGCUUCUCGAGCAAACUCUACAACUACUUGCACUUCUAGACAAAUUCAAUAUACACCUUCAGGCCCAGUACUUUCCAGGCAGAUUCAAUGUCGAAGUGGACGCCUUAUCACGCCAAAGCACUUGCCCCGAGUGGCACUUAACAACAGCGGCGACAUCCAAAAUAUUUCGAAUGUGGGGCACGCCGGAGAUAGACCUAUUUGCGUCGAGUACUGCUCACUUGACCCCGAAGUAUGUUUCAGUGAACAUUCAGGACAAGUAAGCACAACACCACAACGCGUUUUGUCACCAGUGGCACUACAAACUAGCAUGGUUAUUCCCACCACCCAAUCUUAUUCCCAGAGUCCUAAACCAUUUGAAUCAAGCCAGCGGACUAUAUAUAUUAAUUGCGCCGAAAUGGAACAAGGUGUUUUGGCAAGCAGAUGUUCAACGCCGAGCUCUGCACCCCCCUUAUCAGAUUCCAGAUCUAGUCCACACUCUAGUAGACACGAGAACAGGCAUACACCCUCCACAGAUUCAAGACUUGCUCUUGGAAGCAUGGUUGAUUUUGGGUGGCAAGAUGUGUUAACAGAAUGGACAGAUAAAGAACAGAAAUUGUUAAUAUCAAGUUGGCGAGGCUCUACGAUCAACACAUAUAAACCUGCAUGGAACAGAUGGAAAAAAUGGUGCGAGUCUAAUUCGGUUAAUUAUAAAUAUCCUCACCCAGAACAAGUAGCCCGUUAUCUGGCACAUUUACAUUGUGAUAUAGGUCUUGCUUACAGAACAAUUUUAGUACAUAAAUCUGUGAUUUCAACAUUCACUCACUUAACUUCAAAAGUAGAUUUAUCUUCGAGUUUUUUUAUAAAACAUAUGUUAAAAGCAAUAUCUAUGGCCCGUACCAGACCAGUAAAGCCACCAAUUUGGAAUCCUAAAUUUCUUAUGCAGUAUAUAAGUAAAUAUAAUCCAAAUGAAAACAAUCUGUAUGAAGUAUCUAGGCAUACUGCUACAUUAUUACUUUUGGCUUCUAGUCGGAGAGUUCAUGACAUCACUUUGUUACAUAUUGACAAUAACAGUUUAAGAGACGACCAAAGUAGUAUAAUCUUAUGGCCAGCUUUUGGUUCCAAAACGGACAGCAUUAAUCAUAGACAGUCUGGUUGGAGGCUUAAAGAACAUCCUGACAAAAAUUUGAAUAUUAUUUUCUGGAUAAGACAGUUGCUAAAGAUAUCUAAAAAUCGCAGAAAGGCUAUAAAUCAUUUAUUUAUUACAGCUAGAGGUGACGCUAAGCCAGCAUCCCGUACUGUAAUUGCUGGGUGGGUAAAAUCGCUUCUGAGAGAGGCGGGUAUUGAAGCUACUCCUGGUUCAGUAAGAUCAGCAGUAUCUUCCUUAAAUUGGUUAGAAAAUUUUUCUCUAGAUAAAAUCCUUGAGACUGGUAAUUGGAAAACUGUACAUACUUUUCAAAAUUACUAUAAAAAAGAACUAAAGGAAAUUGACAUAAAUAAUUCUGUAUCUUUAUCAAAUUAUUUUGAUGCCAUUAAUUGA